AUGGCUGAGAUAGAACCCUCCGCUGUACCCGCGGUGGUCGUCCUCGACUGUAAGGAAGUCGGCGUCACCAUCAACUUGCAGAGCCCACCGACCGCGUCGAACUUCCUUGGAUACAACCGCGUGUGCGCGAUGCUGGACAGCGACUAUCUCAUGCAGCCAAUCAAUGAAGCGCAGUACGACAGCGAGACACAGGCGUGUGUCGAUCGCGUCACCAAUGGACCGACGUCUUUCUAUGAUCACUACGUCCGCAAGCCGACGCGCAAGCGUGGCCUCGCGGUAGGGUGCGAGUCCCCGAUGGAGCACGUGGCCAUGAACGAGGACCUGCUGAUGCCACCAACCCAACGCGACUUGCCCGCCGCAGGUGUGGAGGCUGGCGCUUUUAGUGAUCCGUUGACGCGCAGACUGGCGACCGGCCGCAUGCCACUGCACGAGUGCUGA